GUUGCGUCAUGACGUCUCUCUUGUGACCAACGGUCGCGUUUGCUAGCUAGCUUGACGGAAGCGGAAACCGGAGAAUAACCUCUUAAAUUGUAAUUUUUUAAAAAACGUUUACUGGCUAAAUGUGACUAAAUGAAGCCAGCGACUCAGUACGACUGGCUUCGGUUGUUGAAAGUCACUAAUCUUCACCUCCACUGAGAGUCAUCUUCCUCAAACACAGCUGGAACAAUGUCUUCAAUUCCACAGGGACGUGGCUACAAUGAUACUCACAGGGACACUACAUCCUUGGCCUGGCUUUCAAUAUGCAAACAGACCGAAAAAGAUCACAAUAACCCAUCUUCUGGCUGCACAGACAGAAGCAGAAGUGUUUCUGGUGAAGGUGCAGACAACAGGAAACAUCCUCCAGGUUCAGGUGCUGCUAAAUCUCCAGAACCAGGCAGAUCGGAUCAACCCAAGUACACAACAGAAUCAGCUACUGAGAUCCUCAGCAGGUUUGGACUCGACAAGGACGACUUGGGAGAGCUCAAUGCUUACUCUGAGGAUCAGAUCACCCCUGAAAACCUGAAAUACGUCCUGAUGCAGAUUUCCAUUAAGAAGAAGGAAAGAGCUGCAGAGAAAUCCUCUGAAUCGCAGCCCACUAUUGGUCUAAAGAGUGACUUGCAUAAAACUCCCGUAAAGUCAAAUAAAGUUAUUGAUUGCGGUGAUUUUGGAAGUAGCGUUGCUAAAAAGGAGACUGAAAAAGAUAGCACAGAUAAGAGUAGAGGUAAGUCACUGGUGGAAACUCACAAACCCAGUGAGGACCGGCUGCAAAGAUGUGUGUUAAAGGGCAAAAGCAGAGAGUCUGAGAUUAGUGAGCAAAAUAAAAUGGUUUCACCCAAACAUAAACCUGAUGAGACUAAACUCUACAAACCUCUUUCUCCAAAGCAACCAGAGUCCACAUCCAAACCUAGUAAAGCAGAACAGAAGAGUUCCAACAGCAAGGAAAGCAAAACUCGAAUAAAAGAAACAAUGGUUGCUGGACAGAAUAAGAAAAGUCCAGAGAAGAAGAACCCGGAGGUUCAGACUGAGCUGAAGUGUGGACAGCAAGGACAGGAUAAGUCAGUGAUGCAGACUAAAUUUAAGGGGUCAUCUUUUAAAAAUGAUUCUUCAUGUGCCAUAGUUUCAUCCAAACAGAAACCUGACGAGCCUAAAACCUGCAAACCUCUUCCUCCAAAGCAACCAGAGUCCACAUCUAAAUCCUCCAAUCCUGGUAAAGCAGAACAGAAGAGUUCCAACAGCAAGGAAAGCAAAACUCAGAUAAAAGAAACAACGGUUGCUGGGCAGUAUAAGAAACAUCCAGAGAAGAAGAUCCCUGAGGUUCAGACUGAGCUGAAACGUGGACAACAAGGACAGGAUAAGCCAGUGAUCCAGACUAAAUUUAAAGGGUCAUCUUCUAAAAAUGAGCCUUCACACGCUGUAAUUUCAGCCAAACAGAAACCUGGCGAGCCUAAACCCUGCAAACCUCUUCCUCCAAAGCAACCAGAGUCCACAUCUAAAUCCUCCAAUCCUGGUAAAGCAGAACAGAAGAGUUCCAACAACAAGGAAAGUAAAACUCAGAUAAAAGAAACAACGGUUGCUGGGCAGAAUAAGGCUGAGCUGAAGCGCGGACAGCAAGGACGGGAUAAGCCAGUGAUCCAGACUAAAUUUAAGGGGUCAUCUUGUAAAAAUGAGCCUUCACACGCCAUAAUUAGAGAUUGUAAAGGUAUCUCACCAGAAUCCUUCCCACAUUACUGUUCGAUAUGCAACAAGGAAAGUCGUAACGUACAUGCUUGGUGUUCCCACAUGAAGACCACUGAACAUCGUGAGAAGUGCAAAACCCUAUACCCAGACUUGUUUUGUGAACAACAAUUCCCCAGAAUAGACUCAACCUGGAGGCGGUGUCGGGAGACGGGAAAACACAAGAGUGAUUCUCGCCGCAGAAACGCUUCCCAUUCCAGAAGUCAAGAACGCCAUCACAGAAGAGGCUCCAGUUCUCGCUCACCCUGCCGGAGAAACGCUUCCCGUUCCCGCUCCAGAAGUCAUGGCCGGCGUCACAGAAGAGGCUCCAGUUCUCGCUCACCCUGCCGGAGAAAUGCUUCCCGUUCCCGCUCCAGAAGUCAUGGCCGGCGUCACAGAAGAGGCUCCAGUUCUCGCUCACCCUGCAGGAGAAAUGCUUCCCGUUCCCGCUCCAGAAGUCAUGGCCGGCGUCACAGAAGAGGCUCCAGUUCUCGCUCACCCUGCAGGAGAAAAGCUUCCCGUUCCCGCUCCAGAAGUCAUGGCCGGCGUCACAGGAGAGGCUCCAGUUCUCGCUCACGCUGCCGGAGAAACGCUUCCCGUUCCCGCUCCAGAAGUCAUGGCCGGCGUCACAGAAGAGGCUCCAGUUCUCGCUCUCACAGCCCGUAUCGUCAGCGCCGUAAAUCCAGGAGUAGAUCAACUUCCACCUCAGACAGUUCUAGCUCUGAGGACAGAAGAGACAGGUGCAGGAGCCCAUCCAGGUCUUCCUACAGUUAUAGACAAACCCACAGGUCUCAAUCUCGUUCUCCAAGGUACGAGAAGUCCACCUCCUGUCUGCCCUCUCCAGGAAUGCCUUCUGAGAGACAGCUUUCACCCAAAAACAGCAGCAAGAAUCCGCCAUCACCAAGCAGAAGCGGCGAGAAACAAACGUCCGGAGACACAUCGGUUCCUCAGGAUGAGAACAGUGCAGAGACACUGGUGAAGAAACUGCUUCAAUCAUCAGCUGUCCAGUCUUUGUCAAAGCAGAUAGAUGUAGAGAGCCUUGUGAAAACUCUGACUCCGGUUUUCCUGGACGAGUUCAACAAGUUAACCUCAACACCCGGAUCAUCAGAGGCGCCUCAGACUAAAAGCACAGCCAGUUCCCCGCCAAAUCACGAGCAGGAAGUCGGAGCAGAAACUCUGAGAUCUGCUGACGGCUCAGAUCGAAGCGGCCCAGUUUUAGAGCAGAGUGUAAAUGCUGCAGCUUCAGGUAAUCUGGAGGAAAAGGAACAGGAAGUGACAUCAACUAGAAAAAGAGGCCGACCCAGGAAGAAAGCCAGAAAUACUCUUGUGAGAAAAUCUGCUGGAGUAAAACAUGAGAGCUCCGAAGAAAACAGAGAAGAAGAAGAAACCAAAUCACUUCCUGGUGCGUCGCUGGAUUCUUCUUCUGCUCUGUUGGGGGACGUCAAGACGGAAACGGACGCUGAAGCUGCUGAAGUUUUAGAUCAGAGUGUGAACGCUGCAGCAGCAGGUGAGCUGGAGGAAAUGGAGGAGAAGGAACGGGAAGUGACAUCAAUAAGAAAAGGAGGCCGACCCAGGAAGAAACCCAGAAAGACUCCUGUCAGAAAAUCUGCCAGAGGAAAACCUGAGAACCCUGAAGAAAACAGAGAAGAAGAAGACCAAUCACUUCCUGGUGCGUCGCUGGAUCCUUCUUCUUCUGCUCUAUUGGGGGACGUCAAGACGGAGACGGAUAAUGAAACUGCUGAAGUUUUAGAUCAGAGUGUGAACGCUGUAGCAGCAGGUGAGCUGGAGGAAACUGAGCAGACGGAACAGGAAGUGACAUCGAUAAUAAAAAGAGGCCGACCCAGGAAGAAAUCCAGAAAGACUCCUGUGAGAAAAUCUGCUGGAGGAAAACCUGAGAACCCUGAAGAAAACAGAGAAGAAGACAAAUCACUUCCUGGUGCGUCGCUGGAUCCUUCUUCUUCUGCUCUAUUGGGGGCCGUCAAGACGGAGACGGAUAAUGAAACUGCUGAAGUUUUAGAUCAGAGUGUGAACGCUGUAGCAGCAGGUGAGCUGGAGGAAACUGAGCAGACGGAACAGGAAGUGACAUCAAUAAUAAAAAGAGGCCGACCCAGGAAGAAAUCCAGAAAGACUCCUGUGAGAAAAUCUGCUGGAGGAAAACGUGAGAACCCUGAAGAAAACAGAGAAGAAGAAGACCAAUCACUUCCUGGCGCAUCGCUGGAUCCUUCUUCUUCUGCUCUAUUGGGGGCCGUCAAGACGGAGACAGAUAAUGAAACUGCUGAAGCAGCAGGUGAUCUGGAGGAAAUGAAGGAUACGGAACAGGAAGUGGCAUCCACUAAAAAAAGAGGACGAUCCGGGAAGAAACCCAGAAAGGCUCCUGUGAGAAAAUCUGCUGGAGGAAAACCUGAGAACCCUGAAGAAGAAACCAAAUCACUUCCUGAGACGGAGGCUGAAUGUCCUGACAGACAGAACCUGGAUGGACGCUUGGAGGAAGAGGAGGAGGAUGAAGGACGAUGCAAGGCCGACGGAGAAGGUUUGGAAGAGGAGACAGUUCCUUUAGGUUCCGUUUUAGAUCAGAGUGUGAACGCUGCAGCAGCAGGUAAUCUGGAGGAAAUGGAGGACACGGAACAGGAAGUGACAUCAACCAGAAAAAGAGGCCGACCCAGGAAGAAACCCAGAAAGACUCCUGUGAGAAAAUCUGCUGGAGGAAAACCUGAGAACCCUGAAGAAAACAGAGAAGAAGAAGACAAAUCACUUCCUGGCGCAUCGCUGGAUCCUUCUUCUUCUGCUCUAUUGGGGGCCGUCAAGACGGAGUCGGAUGAUGAAGCUGCUGAAGGUCCAGACAAAAAGAACUUGGACGGACGCUUGGAGGAAGAGGAGGAGGAGGAUGAAGAAGUAGCCUGUAAAAAACGAAGGAAGUCUCCUUGUACCACUGCUGAUUUUAUCCUGCCACCUUUCAACACAGACAUCUCCUUUGGCGAGGAGUUUACUGCUCGUAAACUGGGAUAUUACUGUUCCCUCUGCUCUGUUUUCUACAUGCUGAAGAGCAACGAAGAGGACACUCACUGCUGCAGCAGAAAUCAUUACGACAACCUGCUGAAACAUUCGCAGAUGAAAGAAGAGGAACCUUCACCGCCUCCAAAAAGGAAAACCAGAAGCUCUCGAUGAUCCUGUUUUUAUGUCUCCUUUUAAAAUUUACUAAAACUGUUCAACUUCUAGUCUGCUUUGAUUGGGCAGCUCCAUUUUUAAACUGUGAAUUUACUUAAAUGUUUUUUUAAUUGAUUCAUGAAGAGGAUUCCCUUCACAUUCAAUGUUUCUAAACAAUUUUUUAGCCUUGAUUUAAAGGAACUAAGUGUUUCAGCAGUUUUCUGGCAGAUCUGCGGUGCAUAGAAGCUGAAUGCUGCUUCUCCAUGUUUGGUUCUGGGGAUGCAGUUACAGGGAGCCAGAGUAGGGACUUUAGAACUGGGGUGAUGUUUUCUAUCUUCCUGGUUUUAGUCAGAGCGUCAGCAGCAGCGUUCUGGAUCAAAUCCAAUUGAUUUUCUUUAGGUAGACGCAAAACUAAACACGUUUAGUUUUGCAUUUCUAAUGUCCUCUAGCAGGGACAUUAGAAAUGUUCUUCAUGUGGUAGAAGGCUGACUGUAAUUAUCUUUAUGUGUCUCUGAAAGUUCAGGUUGUUCAUGCUGCCAUCUUUAAAAGGCUGUAAGUGACAGGGGGGAAAGUCAACACAGCCUUCAGUUACAUUUGACCUUUUAUUAUCAGUUGGAUCCACCUGUGUAAAUCUCCACCCACAACAGGAAGUCAAUAAGAUUCAACACCCACCCUUGUUCUUAUGUUGACAUAAAAAUACAUUUACAUUUCUCAUUUUUUUGCAUUUUUUCAUUUACAUACCAAAAACAAAACACACAAAGUUGCCCAUCCUCAUUUUAGUCACAGGCUUUGUUAAAAUAUCAGCUGCCAUUUCUGUUGUUGAACAGUAGCAGUUAUUUUUCCAUCACUGAAUGCUGAUCGAACAAAGUGAUAUCAAAUCUCAAUGUGUUUGCACCUUUGGCGAUAGACUGGACUUUUAGAAAGAUAAAAUAUACCUUUAUUGGAUGUGAAUAUUUUUAAGGACCAAGUACAUUCCAUUCAUGCCUUGUUGAAAUGUGCUACACAAAUAAACUUGACGUGUAAUAACUGAA